CGUGACUGCCCCACGAUCUUUUCGUAGCAGGCUGGCCGUUGCGGGCAACAGCAACCGCACUUCGGACCACAUCCACUCUUCCCGACUCAGGCCGGCUGGCACUCCAUUAUUUCCCUUGAUGCUGCCGCCUCAAGCAUUGCUGUUCCAAUAUUGUUCGCCAUCAGUUGCCGGCGUCAACACGUGUCGCGGCCUGCAGCUAUCACGCGUUGCUCUCGCCGGCCGCGCAUCUUCGAGUUGCUCUGCAAUACCACCCACCGAGAAACCCUGAGAUCUCAUGGACUCGGCCUUUCCCGAGGUCUCGUCUUGUUCACUUUACUGUGCCGCGGUUCGGCGCGACUAAGCCGUUGUAGCGCGCCUCAACGGUCCUCGCUGAGUCGCUUCCGAGUGUCUCCACGAUGGGAAUUUCAGGCCUCCUUCCGCUGCUCAAGUCCAUUCAUCGUCCUACGGAGCUUAAAAAGUAUGCCGGGGAGACUUUUGGCGUCGAUGGCUAUGGCUGGCUCCAUCGAGGUGCCGUAGCCUGCGCCAUUGAGCUGGCCCAGGGCAAGCCAACCCGCAAAUAUGUGGAUUUCGCCAUGCACCGCGUUCGGAUGUUCAAGUACUUCGGUGUAACUCCGUAUCUCGUAUUCGACGGCGACAUGCUUCCCAGCAAGGCCAAGACAGAAGCAUCUAGGGCCAAACGCCGAGAAGAGAGCAAGAGGAUCGGGCUAGAGCUCCUCAGGGCAGGCAAGCCUUCGCAGGCUUACGCUGAACUCCAAAAGGCGAUCGACGUCACCCCGGAAAUGGCCCGCCAUCUGAUUGAGGAGCUCAAAAAGGAAGAGGUCCCCUAUGUGGUCGCCCCGUACGAAGCAGACGCCCAGUUGGUUUACCUUGAACGUCAGGGUUUGAUCAGCGGGAUCGUGUCGGAGGAUUCGGACCUGCUGGUGUUCGGCGCAAAGCGUCUGUUGACCAAAUUGGACCAGCAUGGCCAGUGUGUGGAGAUCAACCGGCGAGACUUCUGCGCCGUUCGAGAGAUCUCUCUUACCGGCUGGACAGACAGCGAAUUUCGGCACAUGGCCAUUUUGAGCGGCUGCGACUAUCUAGAGGGCCUUAACAACAUCGGCCUGAAGACGGCAUACCGCCUGAUUCGGAAGCACAAGACCCCCGAGAGGGUCGUUAGGAUGCUGCGCUUUGAGGGGAAGCACCAGGUGCCUGAGAACUACCUCGAGGAUUUCCAACAAGCCGAGCUCACCUUUCUUUACCAACGCGUGUUCUGUCCGAGAAAGCAGGACAUCGUUUUGUUAACGGAGCCGGGACCCUCCGUCAACGUUGACGAAAUGCCGUUCAUUGGAGCGCCGAUCGAGACUGAGAUGGCCAGGUCCAUUGCCGUAGGCGACGUGAACCCCAUCACCCGGCAGCGCAUCCCGGUGCCUCGUUCCCCAGGCAAGAGGAGGAUCAGCCAAGCUCUCGCACCAGCGAGCGGGCCCCCGAGGAGUCUCGGGAAACCCAUCGACGAGUACUUCAAGGACAAAGGUUCGCGCCGCAUCCCUCUGGGAGAAAUGGAUCCGAACUGCUUCGCCAUCGAUCCGGACCACAACAGCAACGCAACCGCGGCCGAUGCGCCUCGCCCCAUUGUGUUUCCGCUCCCGAGGCCAUAUCUGGACAGCGCAGAGGAACCCGCAAGCCCAGCUCGGCCGUACACCAACAAUCCUCGCCUGCUCCGGCGGCGGAGCGAGCCAAUCUCGAAGCUGCUUGGCUUGGAUCCAUUUGGGUCCUCGGAACAUCGUCGGCGGACAACGGGACCCGUAAUUCAAGUGUAUCAGGACCCGGCUUCUUCCACAAGACCGCCAAAGAAGGCACGACUGUGUGAUGACGCGACCGAUGAAGAAGGCGCCAGCGCAACCCCGGAAAAGAGCAAGUUCUUUUCAGCCACGCAGCAAAGGAAACCUGCGAAGAAGAAAGAGACGGCGCAGAUGUUGAUGUCGGAUGAUUCGGUCGAAGAGGCCUUCCGAAGCCUCCCUGAUUUCGACUCGUGGCGUUCUGAGAAGCCCGUCAAGCCAUCCGAUGAGAUCGCCAUAUUCGAUGAGGGCUCCCCUGAGAAGAAGAGCGAGGUGGUCCUUCCGGCUGCACCUUUGGCUGAGAGCGACAAUGUCGAGGACCAGGUGGAAGUGCCUGCUUCGUCUCCCCUUCAACACGGACCAGCUGAGGAGUCGCAGAGUCAAGGCCCCACAGCCAUGACGCCGCUCGGGGAGCUCCUGAAGGGUUUCUCGUACGAGACGGCACGGCCUCGCACCCGAGUCGUCCACGGUCUGCCCACGCCGGCAUCCAGCGUACACCCGACAGCGACACCCAAGAAUGUCCAUCCACCGACCACUCAAACUCCCUUGUUGACGCCCCUGCAGCGCAUUGGAGCCCGGGCGUUGCACCGCACAACGUCUGGCCCGACACCGACGAGGCCACGGACACCCGUGUCCGGGCUCAAGCCAAAACAACUCUCUGUGCCGUCUGUGGAUCCGGCAUCCAUUCCGCUGCCAAAGGUGGAUAUGGAAGAACUUGAGGCGCUGAACAGGCCCUUGGGAAGCGAGGAUCAGAUCGUCCCUGAGAGUGACGGGGAGAAUGAGGAGAAUGAUGACGAGGACGAUGAGCCGAAACAGGCAUGCUCGGGCAUGCGACUUGAUUUGUCCAGGUUCCUGUACUCAUGACAUAUUUGUCGUGGACCGAUUGAGGUAGGCGCUGGCAUGGGCGAGGGCAGCAGCAAGUGCAUAGCGCUGGCGUUUGGGGCCGGU